AUGAUAUUUACAUCUGAAUUAUAUGAAAAAGUUAUAUCUGCUAUUCUUUGUUCAUUUAAUUCAACAACAACAAAUAAUGAAAAACAAAAUGCAUUUAAAUAUCUUGAAGAUUUAAAAGAAAAUCAUUCAAUGAUAUGUUUAACAAUAUCAUUUGAAUUGUUAAAACAAACACAUAAUCAACCUAUACUUCAUCAUUAUAGUUUACAUCUUAUGGAAUCAAUUAUAAAACAUAAAUGGAAUAUAUUGAAAAAUGAUGAUAGAAAUUUAGUUAAAAAACAAUUAUUUUCGAUUAUUAAGAGUACUUAUCUGAAUCAAAUAUUUGCGGAACCAGCACAUAUAAGAAAUUCUUUAGCAAAAUGUUUAGUUGAAUUAAUUAAACGAGAUUGUUUUGAAAAAGUUAAUACAACAUUAGAUGAAAUUGUUAAUAUGAUACAAGAAAUUAAUCAAAUUCAAGGUUUGUUUUCUAUUUGAAAGAUGCGGAUAGGAGUUUGGAAACAAACCGAGUACUUUUAACCUCACCCUCACUUCGUAAGAUUCGUCGUGCGCAUCUUUCGGGAUGCCAAUAGGAGAAUGCAUUACUUUUCAGAUAAAUUUAAUGAACUGUAUAGUUUAAAAAACUGCACUCUACAUCAUCUUCUCUUUAUUAUAGA